UUCCUAUUACUAUUCUAACCCACCAAGACUUAAGAAAAUUCAUCAUCACUUGCGAGUAUCAGUAGAGAGAAAUAGUUCAAAAACCCUAAGCCUGCGUUCUUUCGUUUCCUCUCCUCUCUCACCUUCCAAGCUGAAGCGGCGGCUUUGAAGGUUGAGUAACACCAUCUUGAAGUUGGAACCGCCAUGGGAAUGGAACUAGAGGGAGAGAUGGAAGAAUAUAUCGAUACAGGAGAAAUUGAAUACGAUGAUUCGGAUGUGGUCGCACAUAUUCGUGGUAUCCUAUUACAAGUUGCUAAGGGUGGGAAAAGCGAGUAUCAUGAUUUGGUUGGGAAAUUGAACCAGCCCGGAAGGGAUCCCGAUGAAGUGGCGUCGCUUGUGAUGUGUUUAAAGGGUUUAUCUGGAGCAGUUGCGUUUAUUGAUAUUGUUCGGCAUGAGAGUCUUCUGCAAGCUAUUCUCGGAAUGAGCAUGUGGAGAUAUAAUCCAGAUGUUAUGGAUGUGUUGGUGGACCUGAUUAUACGUUUGGCUACUUCUAGCGGAGAAUUUCUUGACUCGUGUUUGAACAUGCUUGUUACCAAUUUUACACCGCCUUUUAAAAUAGAUCUGGAUACACCUCGUGGCGUUGUAAAAAAGGAACAAGUGCUUGAUCGGGUGCAUUCAGCAUUGAUUAACAUCACCGAGCUGGUGCCUCUUGUACCUAUGAGAUUAGUGCCCAUACUUCUUUACCAGAUGCCUCACACUAACGCUGAUGAACAGAUGAUGGCAUUAUAUGCGGAGAGCAUGUUAAGGCUUGAGUGUGGUCCAAUUGGAGAAUUUGUUGGAAGUACGAUGCUAUUGGCAUUGGUGGAUAGGCUUGUAGAAUUAGAUGUGGAAAUAGAAUGGGACGAUAUUGAGCAAAGUGAAUCAAAUAAAGGCAUAUUUCAUAUGGAUCUAGAAGAUAUAGACGGCGAAGACAAUGGUUAUGGGCUUGCUAAAACAAUUAAGCUUCCCCCGAAUUUGGAUAUCACAAAUGAGAUUGCUAGGAGGCUGGCUUACCUUAAAAAGUACUCGCAGAAUCUGGAUUACUUGUUGGUACUCAUAUUUCAACAUCUCAAAUCUUGUGCUGAAAAUGGUCGUUUGGCGAAGGUGUUCCCGACACUUCUCCAGUCCUUCCAUGACACUGUUCUAAAUACCCAGAAGUCGAAGUUUGCCCAGUUUUUCAUGUUCUAUGCCUGCUCAUUAGAUCCUGAAGUGUGCGGUAUGAGCUUUCUGUUUAUGCUUAGAGAUGUUUUUUUAUGCAAUACCGGAAUUCAACUCACCAGGAUGAGUUCAGUUGCUUAUCUAGCUAGUUAUUUGUCUCGAGCUAAAUUUCUUGCAGGGCAUAUCAUCGCUAGCACAUUACAACGGCUGGUAAAUUGGUGCGUUGAAUACUGUCAGUUUGUUGGUGCUGAAGAGAAAACAUUAAACCCGGAAGCACAUAGACUUUUUUAUUCUGGAUGCCAGGCCAUCAUAUACGUGCUCUGCUUCCGUAUGAGGGAAAUGUUGGAUGAUCCUGAUCAAAAAUCGAUAAUUUUAGGAUUUCCUCUACAACGUAUUUUCCGAGACCCUUUGGAUCCAUUGAAGGUCUGUCUGCCUUUAGUUGUGGAUGAAUUUCUGAAGCAGGCAAAAGCUGCUUCUCUGAUUACGGCAUCUGAAAAUUUUCUUUUUAAGAACUUGCUUGAGUCAGAUCUUUCGAAGGCUUUUGGUGGAGUGGAAAGACUUGAUAUGUUUUUUCCUUUUGACCCAUGUCUAUUGAAAAGAAGCGAGAGAUUUAUCAAACCAAUCUUUCUGCACUGGUCGGAUGUUGUCCCUCCAUAUGAUGAUGAAGAAGAUUUUGAGGAGCAACUUGGUGACGAGGUUGAUGAUCAUUUGUCAGAUGAUGAUAUUGAGGACUCCAUGAAUAAAAUGUCAAUUACUCCCAAGAGUUCCUUAAAAGUCAGUAUGGGGGGUGACCAUAAGAUGAUCCCCCAGAGAAUGCCUGCCCGAAUCAGACCUUCAACAAGUCCGUCAUAAUUACUGUGAUUGCAUACUGUGUUCUAUAUUAGUGAUGUGAAAAAGCUUCUCAUUUUAUGUCUUUAUGUCGAAGAGUAGAGAACAUGAAUCAGCGAAGUUUUGCAUGAUAUGAUGGCGUCAAAAGGUUUGAGCCACUUGUAUCAAUAUGUCCUAGAAUUUUGUUUGCUUCUACUAGACUAACUAAUUUAUAAAUUUAAUUGCUUUUACUCGACAUGGUCGA